AUGGCAGCAAAGAAGGUGCUGAUCGUUUAUGCUCACCAGAGUUCUGGAUCAUUCAACGCUGCAGCCAAAGACGCUGCUGUGGAGGUUCUGUCUGCUCAUGGCUGCGCAGUGGAAGUCUCUGACCUGUAUGCCAUGAGCUUCAAAGCCACUGCUACAGCGCAGGACAUCAAGGGAGAAGUGAAGAAUGCUGAGAACUUCAGUUACUUGGAGGAGGCUAAACUUGCAUGGGAGCAGGGCAAACUGUCAGAUGACAUCACCAGGGAGCAGUCUAAACUCACAGAGGCAGACCUCAUCAUUUUUCAGUUCCCCAUGUACUGGUUCAGUGUUCCUGCCAUCCUGAAGGGC